UUAUACCAGUUUUAAAGGUAAAUCCAUCAGAUGAUCACUGGUUAAAUAAAGAUUUUCGUGUAAAUAAAAGGGAUGCUGAGAUACAAGUUGGGUCACGAUGCAGCGAAACUGCUCAGAUAUUCUCAAGUCCGAUGAGCGAUACCAUAUUAUGUAUUUGUGGGGAACAUGCGAGAAAGCGAUGCACGCGGCUAUACGCGGAAUCAUAA